AUGUCAGAGAAUGCUAGGAGUACAAGAGUAUCCAUUUUUAGGAGACUUGAGAUUUUGGAGUUAUUGCAUGUUAAAGAGGUAGAUUGUCAUACGAAAUAUUUGGGGUUACCUACUAUUGUUGGCAGAUCAAAGAAAGACAUCUUCUCCUUCCUUAAGGAGCACAUUUGGAAUAAAAUCGAAGGUUGGAAAGAAAGGUUGUUAUCUAGAGCGGGCAAGGAGGUUUUCUUAAAGGCAGUGGUGCAGGCUAUUCCGAUAUACAUGAUGAGUAUCUUUAAAAUCUCAGAUGGUAUAAUUGAUAAUAUUCAAUCCAUGAUGGCACGGUUUCAAUGGGAUCAUUAA